GCCCAUAUAUAGUAGCAAAUUAACUGUCCAGCAAAGCGAGCCCGUUGGAAACUCGGCCCAAACUCUACCUCAUCUAUCACCUCAACAACCACACCAGCAAAUGAGUUACUUAUCUCUACUAUUCCUUAAGACCAUAACGAGGGCGUCCACCGCAUCACCGUGCCCCCGCCCCCGUCUACGAGCGACCCUCUGCGCUCGCGCGAAUCCCGCCCGAGAUCGCCGCCGAUCCGAAGCAACGGCACCGUGCCCCUCCCCCUCGCGAGAUCCGCGACCGCCCCAUCCCGGCGCCGCGGGAUCCACGCCUCCGCCCUCGCCCUUCCCCACCCCCACCCGCUAAUCUCGCGGUCGAUCCGCGCCCGGUCCUGACCCCGCCUCCGUCCUCAGCACCGCCACUCCGUCCCCCAUCUUCGGCGCCGCCGUCUCCCGCUCCCCUGGCACGCAUUCGGGGUCCUUGCGGGCGACAAGCACCUCCGUCCCGGAGGCAUCUGCCGCUGCAGCAUAGACCACCAUGUCCUCGCUCGGCAGCACCGAUGUUGACGAUGGCAACGAGGAGGAGGACGGCUCCGCGAGCACCCCCGAGAUCUACUGCUGCCACUCCCACGCAGUUCUUGCUCACGAGAUCUGUGUGCAGGUUGAUGUCCUCGUGGUGCCACGCCGACCUCGCCGCCACCAAGCGCGCCACCCAUGUCCUCACCGACCUCGCCAAAAUUGGACGGAUCGAAGCACCAUAAUAAGUGUUUAGCUUUCCUCCGCGCCUCGGGCGGCCGCGGCACAGGCGCCGCCGCGCCCGCUCGCCGCGAAGCACAAGGACGAGCCGGACCCCGACGACGGCAGGCAGAGGGUCACUGUCUUCUUCGGCACGCAAACCGGCACCGCUGAGGGCUUUGCCAAGGUCCCUACUCAAACUCUGCUCCUCUGUUUGCUGUGUUUGCGGUCCCUUCUACAGACUACAGCCAGAGCUCGGUGCUCUGCUCGCUUGCUUGCACCGCUGGCUAAGAUCGGAUUUGACGGCACUUUUGGGCGUGGAGAUCUUGUGCAUGACUCGUGCCCGCGCCAGGACUCGUUGCCAAUAUUGCACUCUUAGUGCAAAGAAUAGCUGAGCUUGUUACAGAUAAUAUGGGUGGACCUGUCAAAGAUGCUAACGACAUGCUCACAAGGUGGCUGGAGAAGAGUACUGAGCUGAGAACAUCGCUACAAACAAGUUUGUUGCCUAUUGGUUGCAUCAAGAUAGGGUUAUCACAUCACCGUGCCCUACUUUUCAAGAUCCUUGCCUAUAGUGUUGGGAUUCCAUGCAAACUUGUCAAAGGGAGCAAUUAUACUGGUGGUGAUGACGACGAUGCUAUAAACAUAAUUAAGAUGGACAAUGAAAGGGAGUUUUUGGUUGAUCUGAUGGCUGCUCCUGGUGCUCUUAUUCCAGCAGAUAUCUUAAGUUGGAAAGGCAAUUCGUUAAAUUCUAAUCGAAAACUCGGCCUGAAUCGAACAGCUGGAUCAUCAAGUACUGUUGAUGCUAAUGUGGAUCCUACUGUAUUGCCACUUGAACCUAAAGGUGGCCAACUGCCUUUGUUCAGCAGUGGUGAUUGGAUGUCAGACAUUGAUUCUGGAUAUGAGGCAGCAGAAAUUGCAGCUUCUACUCAAACCUCUUCGGGUGUCACACCAUAUCUGUGUUCUGCUGGAAGUGUUUUUGGCAGUUCAUGGAUGCUGGUUAAUCAUGACCAAUCAGAUGGACCAUCAACUUCUGCUGGUACAUCAUCGCAGCAGAAAGUUGUACCUCAAAGCGAGCAUCAGCGGAAUUUAAACCGCCUUCCAGAUCUGCAGGAAAUUCCAGAGUCAAAAAACCUUUUUGCUGACCUUGUUCCUUCUGGGGAUAAUAAGUCCAAGAAAACUUCAGUACCAUUCAAAGGACCAGAUCAUAGGAACAAUGAGUUGCAAAAGCGCAGAGAGAACAUUGUCCCUAAUGCUGGAAGACCACAUCAGCGGUUAGUUAUGAAGAAUUGGUCUCCUUACAAUGAUGUUUCCAACAACAAACAGUACAAUUAUGUCGAGGAUUCGUUUGCUCGUAGAAAUGUUGGUAAUAAUGCUGCACCAUCAUCAUCCCAGAUGCCACGACCAGCCGCAAGAUCUAACCUUAAUUCUAGAUUGCAUAAUGAUGCAUCAUAUCAUAAUUAUGAUAGCAUUAUGGCUGGUACCUCUGCCAUGAACAUUACAUCUACAGCUGAGACCGGGAAGGUUCCUGAAAGGGUUAUGCGUGGUGAUUUGGACAAAGGCCAAACAAAUUAUAGAUUGGAGGAUCAACAUGUCAUAGUUCAACCACCACAGGGAAGACUUCCAUGGGGUAUUCCUGCAGAAGGAAGCGUUCCAAUGAAUAGAGUUCAGAGUCAAGCAAAACAACACUUGGAAAACAUGGAUGCAAAGCAAGACCAUAAGAAAUUGCUCCCUGAUCCAAAAAAAUCUCCCCUUGACAAAUUCAUGGACACAUCAUUGCCUUCAAGAAACAUGGACAUGAGGUCACAGAGGCUUGACUUCGAUGAUGUCUCUGAGUGCGAAAUUCCUUGGGAAGAUCUUGUGAUUGGUGAAAGGAUUGGCUUAGGUUCAUAUGGAGAGAUUUACUGUGCUGACUGGAAUGGAACCGAAGUAGCUGUAAAAAAAUUCUUGGAUCAAGAUUUUUAUGGCGAUGCUCUGGAUGAGUUUAGGAGUGAAGUAGGCGGCGACCAGAAUAUGCAUCAGGCGGGAGGAAUGGGGCGGUCGCUGGAGCUGCUGCUGAUCCAGUUUUUGAUGCCGGAUAACGACACACGUCGGCAGGCGGAGGAGCAGAUCCGACGGCUGGCCCGUGACCCGCAGGUGGUCCCUGCGCUCGUCCACCAUCUCCGUACGGCCAAGACCCCCAACGUCCGCCAGCUCGCCGCGGUGCUACUCCGCAAGAAGAUCACCUCCCACUGGCCCAAGCUUCCCCCUGACUCCAAGGCAUCACUUAAACAAGCCCUUAUCGAUUCAAUCACACUCGACCACAGGUUCUUUGCUAAAUACCUAUCACCAAUCCUUCUACGCAUGUCUGCCUUAGAAUCUGCACGCUUUCAAUUCACUCAAAUUGUGCAUUUGGCCAUUUGCCUAAGGAACACUUUGAGUGUAUUCUCAACUUAUUAGUUUGUGCUGAUCAGAAUUGAACUGAGAGGUCCAGCUUUAGUGAACCUUCCUGUUUGCGCCCCAAACAACAUAGAAUUUUGAUGCUCUAUUGUGACCGCACACCACAAUUGCUCAUAUAAUUAGUUAUAUAUGUCAA